AGGAAGUAAGAAACGAAGGACAUACAGAAUAGAUAGGAAGAAAGAUCAAUAGUUGCGCGAAUACACUCUUGACGGAAACACAACUCGUUAGCUAAUUUAAAAAGUAAGAUUGGAUGGCAACUUUUAGAAAUCACUUAUAUAUUAAUUUAUACUUUAUGUUUUAUAAAUCCUUCCGCAAUAAAAUUUAGCUUUUAUGUUGCUGCGGGGACAAGGCAGUAAUCCCAGUCACUCAUAUUUAUAUUACACAUGCAGAUGGAAAAAAGGCUGCUCUUUUUCACAUUUACGCUAACCUAGUGUAUUCGCAAAUAGGUUUUCCAUACAAUGCCUCAUAAGUUGGCAAAAGCAAUAACCAACAAGAAACGUAAGGAAUCACUCCAUAUUUGGUGUUAAGUUAUUUUAGUGUUUAAGCUAGUAUUCGUGGGUUAUUACACAGCCGUAUUUCCCGAGCUCCUCAUGAAAAGUCUCUUUCUGGUAUUGUGUGCUUUCAGAGACUACGAAUUAACUUUUUGUUAAAUAAAUUUUUACUUGACGUGUACCACAGCAGGACUAACUAAGUUAUUCGCGGGUGAGUUUAACGCAUUGAAAGGAACACGUUUAACAUUUCUGCCAUGCCGCUACUCUGCAGCCGUUCAGCAGGGUUCGAUUUGAUUUUUAUGAAUUUUUUUUUUUCAAAUUCCACGAUGAGCGCGAAAUUGAAUUAAGCAAUGGCAAUUAAAAAGCAAUGCGGUGUGUGGUUUCUCUAGAAGUUUCAUAGAAUGUAAGGGUCAAGGCCCGGGACAACAAUAACGUUUUCCAUCAGUUUCCUGAGUCAGUGAUCGCAUAAUCGUCUCAUUCACGCUUACAGUUGUAAUAGGAUUAUGUUGGAGGUAAAAAAAAAAAGGUUUUUGGCAUAAUUUUGCCACAUUUGUGAGUACAGCGUUAUGAGGACGUAUCGUUUUAUCGCAAAUGCGAAAACCUCUCCCUUUCCUGCAAGAAAAGAACCCCACUGAUACGUCAAUCAUGUCCUUUCAACAGUUUUUGUCAACUGCAAGGGAAUGUUAUACUUUCAAACUGUGUCCCCACGUGUUUUGAAUACCGCCAUCUAGAUAUAAGACACCUUCUGUACCUUGAGCUGCUUAAUUUAUAGCUGUACGAGUUUGCUACAAGGUGGUAAUUUGACGAGAGAGAAAGAGCUAUUGCACUCGACGAUGACGAGUCUUGCUUUGAUUUGUUUGGUGGUUUUUCUUUACUCACUAACGUAUGUUCCAUUUGCUUUCUGCGCCCCCAAACCACUUUCGAAGGAUACUGAAGUUGAAGGAAACUGCAACUUUGAUUCUACCAAGGAACAAUUCUGCAGCUGGCGCCAAGAAAAAGACGGUGAUAAGUUUGACUGGACGUUACAGCAAGGUUCUACACCAAGUGGAUCAACUGGACCCACGAAAGACCAUUCCGGCAAAGGUUAUUACGCAUACAUCGAAACUUCAUCCCCUCGACGAAGAGGUGAUAAUGCCCAGAUCCGCAAUGGGCCCUUCAGUGGGGUGAAAUGCCUUCACUUCCACUACAGUAUGAUUGGCAACACGAUUGGAAGUUUGAUCAUUUAUCAGCAUAUUCAUGGUCAAGUCGUGGAUGUAUGGUCAAAAAGUGGAAGACAGCCCGGCUCAGAAUGGCAUUCCGAUAACGUUACUGUUUAUGGAAAUAACUACUACAUAAUAUUUGAAGGCAUAACAGGAUCAAGCUACACCGGUGAUAUUGCCAUUGACGACAUUUAUUUCACGGAGAGGUCUUGCAACGGAGAGUCUUUUGAAUUUGAGAAUGUGUCAGAUGAAACUGGAGGCAAGUAUUCGACAAUACAUAAAGAUGUCAUUUUAGCUUAUUCUACGAUAACGGGCAAUAGUCUGCGUAGCAGGCGUGUUCUUCUUCCUUACGUUUUUUUGGCUCCCAACCCCUUCCCAUAUUACGCCUGCAACGUAGGCUACGGGCAAUGGUUUUAACUCGGGUAUACUAAACAAAAUAAGUAUCUCUCUAUAACGACUUGAAUUGUACCCACAUAUGAUAUUGAAUUGAUUCAGCGACCACAAUCGAGUUGUUCAAUGCUCCCCUACGUUUGAAUCAGUGGUUUUGUUUCAAAUUACAUUUCUUCUAUUGCUGAUCAGUGAUGAAGAUGUGCCAGAAAUGCUUCCCUAUAGGCUAAUAAUUAAAGAGGAAUGAUAGUUUUAAAUCUUUAAAACAGCGUCGUCUCUUUUAACCGGCCAAAUGUUGUUUGUAGUGUUUUAUCCCGGCUGAAAUAACCUAAAGAUCUCCCUGCAGUGUAGUUAACCUUUCUUUAUAAAAUCGGUUAUGUUAGAAUGAUCUUAUAAUGGUACAAAUUCUUGUGUUAGAUUUUGGUAGAUAUACC